GCUGCUAAAUUGGCAAGAGAAAUCGAGACAAGGGCAAAACUAAAUACGAGAAGAUCUGGGUGAAUAUUUCUUUGCCUGAGAAAAUUACUCAAAUUUUCAAGUGGCGUCGGUAAAAAGUUUUUGUUUACCUAAGAAUCACCGUCAUGGUUGAUGCGCUUCCGUCGUAUCGGUCACCGGUGGCGGUGGAGGAGGCUGGAGAGCGGUCGGCGAAAGAGGAAAAUGUCGGUGGUUCUGUAAUGGCGGUUGAUUUAGAUGUAAAUCUUGAGGCGGAGGUUGCGAAGUUACGAGGUCAAUGGGAGCUGGCGUCGGUUUUGAACUUCUUGAAUGUUUUCGAGCCGUUAAUUGGGAAAAGUUUGAGGAUAUCGGCGGAAGAGAUCGAAAAGGGUUUAAUAAAGCCUGAAAGUUCAUUAGCUGAACUCCACAUUACACUUUUGAAGGGCAUACCACCUGUAAGUAAAAUGUUAAAUGGGUCUGAUGCAUGGGUGACUGUUCUUUGUAAGAAGCUCGUGGCAUGGUGGCCAUGGGUUGCUGAAGGGGAGAUUCCAAUCAAGGCUUUUAAAGGAGAGGAGAUAUCAAAUUACAAGAAACUAGAUCCUAAGGAACGCUUGCUGCUUCUGAAAGCUCUUUGUGAAAUUCGAGCUGAUCAAGAUGAUACAAUAUCUUAUAUUAGCAACUGCGUGAAAGAUAGAACUCAAAUGUCUUUCUUCCAGAAAGAUAGAUUUGGAGGAGAUGGAAAUAAAGUUUCUUAUUGGUAUGAUGGAAAUCCAUUUGUUGGUUAUAGACUAUACAGGGAAGCUAUCAAAUGUGAGAAAAAGACAAAAGGUAAACAGAGGGGAAGUUUUUCCCUUCCAAUGUUUAGCAUUCAAUGGGAAACAAUGGCCACAAAUCUCGAGGAAUUUCAUAAAGUUAAAGACAACCUGUUGUGCAGCAAAAUCACUAGUGAAGUUUCGGUUGGAAAGAAAAUUGAAUCAGACGCCAUUCCUGUUCUUGAGAAACUCCAGAAGAAGAAAGAAAGAUUAUUGAAACGUAAGCAUAGGGAGGAGAUGCUCUUGAACGACUUUAAGAAGCCCUGCAUAGUUGGAAUUACACGCACUUGUCGCAUUCGUGCACCCGUGAACUAUACAUUUGAGGAGUACAAUCGGGCUAUUGAUGAUGCCAUACGGCUAUCUGGGAACGAGGAAACAACUGAUGAAAAAGAGCAAGGGAUGCAUCACAGGCGCAGUAGAAAAGAUGUUUCCACUAGUGAGAAUCCUGAAACAAGGAUGAAAUCAGAGGAUGCCUCUGGAAAUAGCAGCGAGUGCAGCAACAACGAUGACAGUGGAAGUAACUCGCAUAAAGAAGUCGAUCACGACAGUGUCGACGACACCGAUAACACAGACUGUGAAGACAAAGACGACAACAGUGACGAUUCUGAUUCAGAUUAUUCCGAGGCAGAAGAGAAGAAUGAAACGCUUCAUUCCAAAGUAGCGACGGAUGUCAAAAAGGCAUGCAGUAAGAGAGUGGAUAGAAGCAGGAACCAUCUUAGUAAUCAAAAUGGUAAGGGAGGUGCCAAAAGUAGGCUCAGACAAAGGCCAGUUCUCAACGCUGCCCUUCAUUCUGCUGUUGUGCCUGAUUCAGAUGAUGAACAUUGAUGAACAUUGAUGAACAAUUGAAGCUAAAUAAACAGGAAACUGCAUCUUGAAGGCCAUUCUACCAGUGCAAAGGUAUUAUUUUCCUUCAUUUUUUGUGUUCAUAGGAGUUCUAAAUUACACUGGUUCGUUAGUUAUCUGGAAUUUUCUUGUUUCCAUUGAUCAUGUUGAUGAAUGUGUUAAUUUGAGACCCUAAAUUUUAAGAAAUUUUGUGCAUGUUUGAAAUAUCAGUAGUUUAUGAUCAA